CUUUCAAAUUAUCUUUAAUUCGGUGUUUGAAAAUAAUUUUUUCAUUGCGUGGGAUUCAUCCAACUGCAAUGUAAUGGCGAUGAAUCCCGAAAUAAAUCGAAAAUAACCGAAUAUGGUAGUUCUUGAUAUAUACAAGUAAAACCAGUGCUGUGUUGGUGCCGUCAAAUGCCAUAAAAAAUGUGUAUUUAAGUAAAUCUGUGAUUUAUUAUUCUUAAGAAGAAAGAAGUUAAACAAUACAAUUUUUUAAAAAAAAUGGCUGAUCCUGAAUUAGAAAUGCUUCGGCAACAGCGUAUGGCUGAAUUGCAAUCUCAGUUUAAGGGAGGCAAUGAUGCUAAUCAAAAAGCUGCAGAAGAGAGGAGACAGCAAAUGGAAGAUAUGAAACAUUCAAUAUUAACACAAGUACUGGAUCAAUCAGCUCGAGCAAGAUUAAACACUUUGUCUCUCGGAAAACCAGAAAAAGCUAGAAUGGUUGAAGAAAUGCUUGUAAGCAUGGCUCAAAGGGGUCAGCUACCUGGUAAAUUAGGCGAAAAAGAAUUGAUUAAUAUAUUGGAAAGUGUUAAUCAACAAACGCAAAAAACUACUACUGUUAAGUUCGAUAGAAGACGAGCAGCACUAGAUUCCGAUGAUGAUGAUUUUUAGCACCGUUAAAAUCAUUUUUCGUAAAUUACAAUGCUAAGCUAAUUUUUUGUUGUACAACUAAAAAGACUUGCGAUUUUUUUUUAAAUUAUUAUCUGAGAUAUAGUAUUUAAGUUUAAUUUACUCCAUUCACAUUUUAUUAUCAAUAAACUUUACAA